GUUAUACAAGUUUUGCUUGGACGACAACACCACCAGCUUCCAUCAGAUCCUCCGCAACCUACCGAGCCUGGGUGCAGAGCAUUCUGGACUGUUCCGCCGUUGCACUUGCCCACGGUGGUGGAAGAAACGGGACUGUUGUUGACCAACCGCCUCGUGCUAGAAGAGAGUUGUGAACCCAUCUUCAAGUUGAAGGAGGAGCAGGCAAACUCUUGGAAUACACGCCCGUGGCAUGAUCUGCCACUAGAACUGCUGGAGCUGGUCGUUUCAAGGCUUUCUUUGGUGGAUCGUCUCCGAUUCCCGGCAGUGUGUAAGUCAUGGAGCCUUGUGACUAACCCGAUUGAGCAAGCCAUUGUGUGGCCUUGGCUCCUGCACUGCUCCGGCCGAGAUGGGGCGUGCAAGCUGUUCGACCCUCUGCGUGGCCAGGAGUACAGCAUGCAUGUUGAAACAUUUGACACGGCCGAAAACGAACACGACGAGCAUAUUUUCCGAUUCUCGAAAGACGGAUGGGUAGCCAUGUCGGACAGCUCAGACAUUGACGACAUGUACAUCAUAAAUCCCUUCACCGGGGACAUCGUGGAAAUGGCCAUACUCGAUUGGGAAUACAACUUCAUGGGCUUGUCGUGGUCCUCGAUGGACCCAGAAUCUCCGGACUGCAUUUUCUUUGCCGUGAACAGCAGACAGGAUGGCAAAGCGGUCGGCGCCCUUACAUGGCGGCAUGGCGAGGCCAAAUGGUUUGAACGACAUCUCGAGUACUAUGAAGGGGAUCCAUUCUCAGUGGCAUACAACAACCCUGUCUUGUCCCACGACAAGUUCUAUUGCCUCGGGAGAAAGGGCAACCUUGGCACAUUUGACCCGGCAAGCGACACAUGGACGAUCUUGGAGAAGCCUAACCCGAUUCAUGUGGAGAUGGACCUCGAAGGUGACCACCAUGAGGGGAGAGAGUUUUGCUACCUGGUUGAGCUGCGAGGGGAGCUGGUCUCCGUGUUCAUGCGUAACGCAGACCAGCCACCGCGGGUGUUCAAGCUCAACGAGGAGGAGAUGGCCUGGACGAAGGUGCAAGACAUCGGCGGCGCGGCCUUGUUUGUUGAUUUCAGAGUGUCAUACUCUGUGGUGUCACCAAAAGCUGGGCAUGGCAAUAGGAUGUACUUCCCAAGUUAUUCCGAGGAUGGCAAACAAGCCGCGUUCUACGAUAUGGAGACCAAGGCAUACCACCCAUCCUUCUAUG